ACGAAAUCAGAACGCGACAACAAAGAACGACACUUCCGGUUUUCUUGCCGGAAAUGAUUGGUUGGCAUUGGCAACGUUUUAGCUAAAUUUUGCGUCCUAUACAGCAUAAAGAAAUCUACAAUAAAUGAGUUUUUAAAGUUCAGAACUUUGAAACCACUGACUUCUUCCAAGGCACUCACCAUAGAGCAGUGAGUAGAGAGCAGGAUCCUAAACAGAAUGACAAGCUCAUCUGCUCCCAGAAUGGUGAAUAGUUACAAGCGGACUUCAAGCCCCAGAUCGCCUACCAACUGUGGAGAGCUCUUCACCCCAGCGCAUGAAGAAAAUGUGCGUUUUAUCCAUGAUACCUGGCAGUUCGUGCUCAGAGAAAUUCGAUCAACACAAAACACCGAGCGUAAUGACCGUGGACCACAGGAAUACGUUGAGAAGAAUCCAAAUCCGAACCUGCACUCUUUCAUACCAGUGGACCUGACUGACCUCAAGAAACGUAACACACAGGACUCAAAGAAGUCCUAGUCCUCAAGAUUGUCCAAGCACUUUUUUUCUGACCCAUCAUCAUUCAGAACUUUUUCCUCUGACAGUCACCCCUAUUUGCCAGUCUGAGGCAGAAUGCCAAACAAUUCUCUAUGAACUUUAAACCACAGCAAGCCCGUGUCUUUCUUUCAACCCUACAAGGGAUGAAGAAGAUCUUUGAAAAAUCUCUUGUCAUGAACCAUGGUGAAGGCUACAAAAUCAUCUUAAUAAUGUAUGAAAAGGACUGAUAAUAACCUCCAGUAGAUGUUGUUUUUCAUCUGACGCUGAGGUACCAACUGUUACACCGGACACAAAAGACUACAAGCUUACUAUUACGUACAAAGAAAAAUCGCAAAGGGCUUUUCUGUUUUGUUGUUUGUUUUGUAAAGAUAGUUGGCUAGAUGAAGUGUAGCACUAGUUAUGACACAUUGGAUGCACACUUGAGUAUAUUUAAAAGCAAAAUGCAAAGAUAAUGUUCUUUGCAGAAAUUGUUUUCCAUAAAAAUGGGCUUUAUAGUAAGAAAGCUUCCAAAGUAUUCCAUUCCAUUGAUUAACACCGCUUCCAAAAGUGUUGAAUAAACUAAUUUUGCAGUGCAUAUUCUUGUAUUCAUGAGCCACAGAUAUUGACAAGUAACUAGGAGUUUACUAGUCUUAAUAUCCCAGGUUCAAUUGCAAUACAAUAAAUUGUAUAUUCCUAACAAGAAUUUGGUAUUACCUGUAGAAAGUCAGUGAAUGCUGAAAAAUGCUGUCACCUAAAUGGAAAAGAAUUGAAGUGAAGACGCUGUAUUAAACAUAACAUCAGCAUGCAGUAGCAAAACCCGGAUACCAUGCAAAUACCCCCCCCCCCACACACACACACAUGUUUGGGUCAAUUAGGAGGAAAGGAAAGAAAACAAUGCGCUUUUUGCAAAUGCUUGCAGCUAUGCCAUGGAAUCAAUGAUGUUUUAUUGUUUUUAUGUCCGUUAAGCCACCAAUGAUCUUGCAGAUGUCCAAUAAUAAAAUUAAUAUUUAUGUUUAAAAGUAUGUCGUCGCCCAUUCUGAAUGUUUUUUUUUUUACCAAAUCUGUUGACCAAUGUUAAGCUAUCACUUAGGCCUUGUUCAAUUUUACUACCUUUUCAGCUUGUUAGUGGCCAUUUUUGCCUGUGUACAAACGGCCUGUCAUUUUUACUAUUGUGUUUUGGCAUCUUUUAUUGCAUAAAGUUU